AACAAUUAAGCAAGUGUUAGCAGAACAUGAAGUACCGCUUUUGUUCUUCAGGUGCUUUUCUCCUCAUCUUCAUCAUUCUUGUGACUAUCUGUUUGUGCAUUGAAGCUCGAACCUACAAUCCAAGUGGCAAAAUAGUUGGUAAAAUGCCUCCAAUGUCCGCGCAUACAAAAGCAACCUUGACGAUCAACAGCUUCGAGAAAGGUGGUGGGGGUGGUGGACCGUCCGAAUGUGACGGUAAAUAUCACUCCGAUAACACCCUGAUCGUGGCAUUGUCCACCAGGUGGUAUAACAAUGGGAAGAGGUGUUCAAACUACAUUACCAUAUAUGGUAAAGGAAAGAGCGUGAGAGCCAAGGUUGUUGAUGAAUGUGACUCAACAAGAGGAUGCGAUGAUGACAUCGUUGAUGCCUCUAAAGCUGUUUGGAAGGCCUUGGGAGUUAAGGAGAGCAGCAGCGACUGGGGUGAAAUGAAAAUAUUCUGGUCUGAUGCCUGAUCGAGUGACUGCCUCUAUAUUGUAAUAGACUUCCUCCCUGUUAUCGAAUAAAGAGUGAAGAUCGAAGGUUCAUAGUAACAACUAAUAAGUAAUAAAUAAGAGCAAUCUUCAGUAGCUACUCAUAUGCUGAAUUGCUGAUAUUGGA